UUUGGUGAAUUCUCUUGAGCGGAAGUAGUGAUAUACUAUUUGUUUUGGAACCGCGUCACAAGACUUGGAGACAAUUACGGGUGCUAGCUGUCAAAAAAACAUUGUACCAAUGCUAACUUUCUAAUAAGACUGAUUUAUUGUAUGCAUUGCUAAUAAAAGUGAUUUAUUUAAUUAUUACGCGAUGGAAAAACAACCGUUGAAUCCAAAUGACAAACCUCCGUCUUACUCGGCGGCCACUGCACCGAAAACAAAUUCUUCAUGGCAACCACCUUCAGGUUAUAGUUCCACACAAUGUGGAGGAUUCACUUCAUGGCCCCCACCACCUGGAUAUUAUCCUAGUGCCAGUGGAACUAAUAAUUGCAACUAUGUACCUUCUUAUGGUUCUACACAAUCAACUACUAUAAUUAUGCCAGAAAUUAUUUUAGUUGGAGGAUGUCCUGCAUGUAGAGUGGGCGUAAUGGAAGAUGAUUUUACAUGUUUGGGACUACUAUGUGCAAUUCUAUUCUUCCCAUUUGGAAUAAUUUGCUGCUUGUUGUUAAAGACACGACGUUGUUCUAAUUGUGGUGCCUAUUUUGGUUAAAGCGUUACUAUAUUAUAGUAACAUAACUUCAAUGGAAACUAAAUGCAUUAUUAGACUAAUUUGAAUGCAGUUAUAGUUAUGUUGAUAUAGAAGGAUAAGAGCAAAUAUAA